CAAAACAUGUUUUGUUGAAUUUCUCAAUGUAAAGCAGGUUUUGAUGUUUCUUAGUGUAUGAUAUGCCUAGAACGUAUGUAGAGCAUGGAGUAUAUCCGAAUAAAGAAUGGACUCUUGGAAUGAAAUAGGUUGCCUGGCAACAACUUGUACCAGUACUGAGAAUUUUUUGAAGGCGACAUCUAUCCUGAUAGAGAAGCCUCAUGUCGUUAACCGGAAUCUUUGUGGCGCUACACUCUUGGUCCGAGAAAAACUGUUCAAGCUUUCAAGCUCCCUACCAGACCUUAUUCAAAGAUUGAUGCAGUUCAGGUCACAGAAUGCUACUGAGUUGAGGAGUGGUGAAUUCAGUUCCUCUUCUUGUGAUAGACUUUCUGAGAAGCUGCUGCAGGAGCUGAGUUUUGACGAUACCUGUUCUAGCGAUGGCAGCAAUCAGGUGGAAUGGAAGAUGACAAUUCGGCUGGUGCUACCAAAGAACCCACAGAAAUUCAGAAAGCUUAUAGAAUUGGUAUUAAGUAGUGUAGCAGUUGGUUCUGUGGUGUUCUUCCCCCUGGUGGCCAUAGGGGAAGAUACCACUGAAGUUAGCGAUGAUCAAGCCUUUUCUAUCUCCCAUGCUGUUUGUGCUGCCAAAGAUGAAGAAAACAAUACAAGGACUGCCACUCUCUCUAUGCAAGCAGAAAUGUCCAAGGCUCAUUUACAUCACUCGGAAAAAUGGUUGUCUGAUGUACUGCUGCCAAAACUUGUGAAGUGGUCAGAAGAAGACAACCUUCACUUGGGGUCUUCAUCUAUCGCACUUGUAUCGUUGGAGCGGUAUAAUCAGGUUUACCAGGAAAUGAAGGAGAAGUAUGGGAAGAGAUUAGUGGAGAUUUGGCCUGAAAGGACUGAUCCGCUUAAGUUUGUUUAUGAAGAAGUUGCAAUCGCUUCGUAUCUCCUGGUCCUUUUUGAGGAAGAAAGAAGGCUGAAGAAUUUCGACCGUCGGCAGAGUUUCGUUGAUCUGGGUUGUGGCAAUGGAUUGCUAGUCUAUGUACUUGCUAAUGAAGGGCAUCCUGGCAAAGGAAUUGAUGUGCGCAAGCGAAACAUUUGGGACAUGUAUGGUCCAGAAGUGAUUCUUGAAGAAGGCAGCAUAACCCCCUCAGAUGAAACACUGUUCAAGGAUUCUGAUUGGCUGAUUGGUAACCAUAGUGAUGAACUGACUCCAUGGAUACCAGUUAUAGCUGCCAGGUCCAGCUAUAACUGUAGUUACUUUGUCCUGCCGUGCUGUGCUCAUGACUUCAAUGCUAAGUUCUCGGAGCGUCGUCCGGGGUGUAGUCAAUACCAAUCCUACCUUGGUUACGUGAGAGAAGUCGGGGCAAAGUGUGGCUUCAAAGUGCAGCAAGACAUGCUGAGAAUUCCUUCAACAAAAAGGACUUGUUUCAUAGGAUGUAAAAGAACUUAUCCAGUGGAGGACGAAGCAAAAAUAGAUAAGGAAAGGACUGCGUUCAUCAAUGAAAGAUGUGCAAGAGUAGGCAGUCAGCGAGCCAGUACUUCCUCAAAUCAGAAGUCCUCUCACGGAGUAAGAGAUGGUACAAAUACUGAAGUUACGGAAUCCAGACAUUCUGAUGAUUCGACAGAAGUUAUGGGAGUCUGCAAAUGUGAAACUGAUUCUGAUUGUCUCCCGAAAUCGUCACCAUCUGAGGACAAAGGCACAACCUCAGUGACUGUGACUGCUGUCUGUGACAAAUGUAAUAAAGACAGUAUUGAACCAAGAAAAAGGAAAUGCAGUAAUUCUUUAGAGCAGGAUGGAAAACCAGACAAACAAAUAUGUAUCCAAAGUGAUGCUUCAUCUCGUGAUUGUGCCUCUGAUGGAUCUAGUGAUUGUGAGCGACUGAGUCGGACUUCUUGGGUUCCGAAUUUCAAACCUCGCGAACAGGUGGAGAAGGUUCGUAACUGCACUGGUGUGUCUAAAGACCUACAGGAGAGGAUUGUGAACGAGGUUUUCCAGGCAGUUCUCAAGGCCGAUGAUGCAUCUUCUGUGGUCACCCCUGAUCAGAGGAAUUGGAAUCGAGGAGGUAGUGUUCCCCUCGGUGAGGUUGCCAAGAUGUUUGACAAAUCUUCCCUUGGCCAGCUGAAGAAUGAAUGCGGUGGACUGCAGACACUAUUGCGCAACAAGCACCAGAUAUUCAUGGUUGUUGGAGGCAAAGUUUACCUACGCCAUGAGGAUGGCUCAACACCUGUUCGAAAGGAAAGGAAGGCUCAAAAAGAUAAUGCAGCUUAUACCAAGACGAAACUGUGCUGGUUCUUUGAGUACCAUCCUGACGGGUGCCCUAAAGAUACUAAAGACUGCUUGUUUGCUCAUGGGAAGGAGGACUUGCAAAUGUCUUCUAAGGAUUGAAAAGUUGUGCCAAGACAUUAUAAUGUCAAGGGUGGUGGAUGUAUGUGAUAAG